UCGACCCGUGCUGGUCCGGGCGGCAACAAUGUUCUGGAUCCUGCGGCGCACCGGAGCGGUCAACUUUUUCAACUCUAUCAACGGCAACGGCAACGCAGCAAAAACGGGGUCCAUCCAGAGCAGCAACUCGGAAAGGAGCAACCCUCGUCCACCUCGCAAGGCAUAUGGGCGACUGAGUGGCGAUUCGGACGACGUCCAGGCGCUGCAGCAGCUUCGCUACGAUGCGUCGACGUCACAAAUGGCGCCGCCGCCACCGGACGGCGGUAAGUUGAUAGAUCUGACGGAAGGCAGUGCCACUGCACCGGAUGCCACAGGCAACGGUUGCUGCAGCUCCAACACCGGUUUCGGCUGUCAUAAUCACGUGAACAACAACAACAAUUACUACUACUGCAACAACUACGGCAGCAACUACAGCAACGGGGCAGCCUCCAACGCCGUCAACAACAAUCACACUGUCAACGGUGUCAACAGCUACAACCAACAUGGCGUCCGGCAUCAACCGGGCGUAGCGGAAGGCCCGUACCAGCCGACCGCAUCGGCCUCAACCAAGGCGAAUGUUGGCAAGGGAGCCGAUUGCACCGAGGACGUCAACCAGAACCACUCCAACUACAACGAAACCGACUCCGAGUUUGAGCUGGACAGCAAAAUCACCGAACAGCGGCUAGAGGAGCAAGCGCUCUCGCGGCUGCACGCGAUGGCCCUUGCGGAGGAGGACGAUUAUGAUGAGUCCCUCACCUGUAACGUGUGUGACCGUGCGUUCCGCUGCCGCCGUCAGCUAGCGUCGCACCAGCAGAAGAAACGUCACUUCGGCUGCAGCGGCUGCGACAGUCUUUUUCCGUCGCUGAUGCUGCUGGAGCAUCACAAGGAGGAGUUCGAGCACUGGAGCGACUACGAGGAGGACGGUCGGCUGCCGUGCUGCCGGCGGAAUCGGCGCGACGAUGACGACUACACCGACACCGACACCGGGACGAGCGACGCCGAGAGUGAGGACCUCGAGCGGUUGCUGUAAGG